CUGCACCUCAACCUGAAAAUUGGGUUCUCACCACAACUCUUGUCUCAAAGAGAUACAGAACGCAGUUUUGCAGUAAUGAUACUUCGUAUUAUUUGAGUCUCUUCGAUGACUUCCCUAUUGCGGCUAGGCCAGAUACUGAAAGGAAGAGUGAGCUCCUACACAAUCACUAAACGAAUCCAAGACUCGGUCUGGCUUGCAAGUUCCAGCAAUCUGGCUGAGGAGAAAGUCAUCAUCAAAAGCGUUCGCCAUUGGUGCCUCCAAAAUGAGUGCGAUAUUCUCCAUCGUUUCCAAGCCCGGGCACCCUCGAUGCGUCCGAUCGUGGAUGAGAUAGUAGACCCAUCUGAUCCGCCGGCAAUUGUGCUGAAACAUCUCGAUGAUGACGUUUUACAUGCGUCAUCAACCCGAAGGUUUACAACGGCCGAAAUCAAAUACAUCGCAAAGACGGUACUUCAAGCACUUGAGGUUCUACACGAGGAUGGUUUCGUUCAUACAGAUAUCAAACCCAACAACGUUCUGGUUAACUACAGCAAUCAAAGCCAGCGAAUUUCUGAUACAUGCUUGGCAGACUUCGGAAGCACUGUACGCGAAGAUUCAGAGUACGCCAGAGAGGGCUUUCCAAUCGGAACGCCUAUCUUUCGUAGUCCGGAGGCAGCUUUACGACUGAAAUGGGACCGCGCAACAGAUAUCUGGUCAUUCGGGACGACGCUCAUAAGUAUGAUAUGGGGCCUUAACUGGCAUAUCUUUAAACCGGAUGUGCCAACAGAUCAUGAGCACUAUGAAUUGAAGAUCUUGAUGAAGCAUUGCCAAUUCUUCGGACCGUACCCGUCAUCGUACCAAAAGAUGACCGAUGAGGAUACGCAGAAGAUUCUUGCAUUUGUUAUGGAGGCAGUGAAGGACGUGGGAAAGCCAUUUCAUCUAAUCAGGGAAUCAGAGAUAUCAAAAGAGGAUAAGGCGUUCGUACUCAAGAUUAUGCAGCUUGAUCCAAGAGAUAGACCGUCAGCGAAACAACUCUUAGACGAUGAAUGGUUCGCAGACGUGGAGAAGCCGACUUGAAGGGCACCAGUGUAAAUACCCUGACUUGUAGCAACAUUUAGGAGAUAUGUUCUAGGAAAAAGACAUGUAAUACAAUAUUCUGAACAUCAAAAUAUCCCAUCAGUUCCG